AUGAAGUUCAUGAAACUUGGAUCCAAACCUGAUUCGUUUCAAUCUGAAGGAGAGAAUGUUAGGUAUGUAUCAAGUGACUUAGCAACAGAUGUAAUUGUAACCAUUGGCGAUGUCAAAUUCUAUCUCCACAAGUUUCCAUUGCUGUCGAAAAGCGCACGCUUGCAGAAACUAAUCGCAACAACAUCAUCGAAUGAAGACAAUCAGAUUCAUCAAGAAGAUGAGAUCGAAAUAGCUGAGAUUCCUGGUGGUCCAGCUUCAUUUGAGAUCUGCGCUAAGUUCUGUUACGGCAUGACGGUUACUCUAAACGCUUACAACGUAGUAGCCGCUCGUUGCGCCGCCGAGUUCCUCGAGAUGUACGAAACGGUCGAAAAGGGAAACCUUGUUUACAAGAUCGAAGUUUUCUUGAACUCGAGCAUACUCCAAAGCUGGAAAGAUUCCAUCAUCGUGCUUCAGACCACGAGAGCUCUGUCUCCAUACGCCGAAGAGUUGAAGCUAACGGGGCGCUGUCUCGACUCCAUCGCCUCUAGAGCUUCCAUCGAUACCUCGAAAGUCGAGUGGUCUUACACUUACAGCAAGAAGAAGAAUCUUGACAACGGGUUGAGGAAACCUCAGGCGGUUCCUAGAGAUUGGUGGGUGGAGGAUCUCUGUGAUCUUCAUAUCGAUUUGUAUAAGCGAGCGAUCGCUACGAUCGAAGCGAGAGGGAAAGUUUCUGCAGAUGUCAUCGGAGAAGCACUGCACGCUUACGCGAUCAGAAGGGUUCCUGGAUUCAGCAAAAGCGGUUCGGUACAGAUCACUGACUUUGCGAAAUACAGAGCUUUGGUUGAUUCCAUCGUUGAGCUGAUUCCUGACGAGAAACUCAGCGUCUCUUCGAGUUUCUUGACUAAGUUAUUGCGAGCUUCGAUCUUUCUUGGGUGUGAUGAAGAAACAGGGCUGAAGAACAGAGUAGGCGAGCGACUAGAUGAAGCCAGUUUGGGUGAUGUUAUGAUCUAUGACGUUGACUUGAUGCAGAGCUUAGUUGAGGUUUUCUUGAAGUCUCGGGAGCCUAAAAACCGCUCGGAAGAAGAUGAUAUAACCGCGAAAGCAGCGGUUGCGAAACUCGUCGAUGGCUAUUUAGCUGAGAAGUCGCGGGAUUCGGAAAACUUGCCUCUUCAUAAGUUCCUCUCACUUGCGGAAAUGGUCUCGAGCUUUCCGAGACAGUCUCAUGACGGAGUUUAUCGCGCAAUCGACAUGUUUCUCAAGGAACAUCCGGAGAUCAACAAGAGCGAGAAGAAGAGAAUCUGCAGGCUAAUGGACUGUAGGAAGCUAUCGGUGGAGGCUUGCGCGCACGCUGUUCAGAACGAGCGGUUACCUAUGCGUGUGGUGGUGCAAGUGCUCUUCUUUGAACAGGUGAGAGCCAACAACAACGGUUCAUCGUCGACCGGGAACAGCACGCCGGAGAUCAUCCCGGCUUCAAGAUCAACAAACACCGAGGAAGACACAGAGUGUUGGGACGCAGAAGAUAUAAAAGCGUUGAGAGGUGAGUUGGCAAAUCUGAGACUCGCGAAGAAUCAACAAGAGAACAACAAUAAAGGGAAACUGAUGAAAGGAGGAGGAGGAGGACUGGGAGUUUCUAGAGUGUUCUCGAAGCUUUGGUCUGGUAAAGAGAGAAGUGGAGAGAUGAUGAGUAGCUCAGGGACUUCGAGUCCUGGUUCUGUUAAUGAUGACUCUAAGUCUUCUUCUUCCACAAGCAAGAAGCAUUAG